AGCAGGGGACUUGUUUCAUUACUCUAAAGUGCAUGUUUUUUUCCCAAAAGGUGGACAUGUUUACUUUUUCAGUCUAGAAAAUUUCCAUGUCAGCAGUUCUGAUCUAUCUCAUGCUUUGCUGUGUCUUUGAUCCCAUCUCAAGAGAAAUAUUAGAGAGAUAAGUGGUUGGCGUGGGUCAUCCUUUUCUGAGUAAUCCUGAGGUGAAACAAAAAAGGAAGUAUUCCCUAAGGGCUUGGGCUCUGUGUUUCAAUACUCCGUUUGUUUUCCUCUGAUCAUUUUGUAACAAUCUGAUUGCAAAUGAAACGAGUUCCGUGGUAAGCAUUUCAGUUCUAUGCAUCUGCUUCAUUCUUUGGAUUUUAACAGAAACGGUAAUACUUAUCUUGAUAUAGAUGGUGUCUUUUAUUUGGUUUAACUUGGAGCUUUGCUAUAUCUUGAGCAGAUUAAGCUGGACCUGGAUGACAUAGCAUGCAACUAUUUAGGUAAAUGCUAGAGUGAGUUAUGGCCUCUCAUUAGAAGGAACCUGUCCUCUACCAAGAAGUAUUUGAAGUCGUGUCUGCCUAAAGCAUAUCACCCUAGUUUAUUUCAACGGCAAUCUGAGGGGAGCAAAAACGGAUGCCGCUAAUGCCAUUGCUUACUGAAACAAUAGGUAGUACAAUUGGUCUUGGUUCUCAAGGAAGUAUGGGGUUUCUUGCUGCUGAUACUGAGCGCUUCUUCUCUUAUCUUAUGUGGUAAAGCAUUCGCUGAUGCAAAUGGAGUCAAACGAAGUUUGUCGGCACUGUCAGAACCUAUUUUAGCAGCCCGGGGAGGCAUCCCAUUGGCAGCUCGGAUCCUAGAGCUGGUGGAUUUAGUAGUACUCUUGUUUGCACCAGAAGAUGUCAUUCAGAGCUCCUCAGAUCUGUUGGUGUCUGCAGAUGCAGGUGUUAUUCUUGCUUAGAAGGUGUUGCAAACAUUCCAAUACACCAAGCUUAUACAAAUUGCCUGCUGCUGUAAUCCUUGCAUGUUCUGACAGCUCCGUAGUUCUUGUUAUAUCAAAGCUUUCUCCAGAGCAAGCCGCUUACCACUUCCUAGCUGGAUAUCAGAAUGGAAAGUUCAUUCUUGCAUUUAAUUCAGGACCGUCAUGCUUUAAUCCGUUGGAGCUGUCAAAGGCUCUUUUAGCCAAGCUGAAGGACACCUCAAUUACUCCUUUAUUGAUAAACAUCAAUGAUGGCGAUAAGCAUAUAACUGGGAAAGAUCUUGUGGAAGUAGUUGGGUCAGCUCUUUCAAAGAACAUAUCAUUCUUCCAAGUUCCAACCAAAAGGUAGAGACCUGAAACUAAAGUUCAAGAGGUUUUUGUUGAGCAAAUAUCAAGAAUUACCCGAAGAAUUCUUAUUUUUAUAUAGGGUGAGUGUCAGACCCAGCAGGCCAGCACUGUAUGUGGUUUGGAUGUUCCUGCUAUAUAUAGACAUAUGGUGGUAAAUUUAAGGUUUUUUCAUACUCUAUAUGGGUAUUUUGGGAAGAAAUCGGGGUGGGUGGAGACUCCAAACAUCAUGCUUGAGUUAUACUUCCUAUUCUCCUGAGCUCAAAGUCAGCUGCUAAGCUUGCUUAAUUAAUGGUAUGAUCCAAUGACAGAGACAGGCCCAAGUGUUGCCUUGUUGAUGCUGUUGUAAGUCACAGAGAAGAACAUUUCCUAUGUUAGGGACUUUUGGGGGAGUUUCUUGAUGAGAAUGUAAAUGAUAACUUGCAUUACUUAUUAUGCAGUUGUGUAUAUUGUCUGAAGUUUUCUGAACCAGUACAUUCCUAAUAUGCCAGAAGAUUAUAAAUAUUAUUGUGGGUAAAUUACGAAUUGAUCAUAUUAUUUUUAUUAUUUUAUUGAAUCUAAAUAUAAUUUCUUGGGUUA